UCUUGUCUCAUAUCUAUAAUCUAUAGAUAUUAUGACGUCAUAACACAUAUAUUUCUGAAUGUAAAUUAAUUCAUUCUAAAACUUUAACAGGAAUGGGAUACAAAGUAAGUGUUAUAUAACAGUUGCAAAAAUGUAAUGUUACUGAACAAAGUGAUAUUCUGGAAAAGUUCGGAAGUACCCAAAAAGGUAUUAUUUAAAUUCAAUAGGAAAAGUAUGUGUCAAUUCAAAUUUAGAGAUAAGAUACCACGAAGACUUCAAAUGAAUGAAAACGGCGAAAAUAACAAUUAUAGCGGAUAUCAGUGGAUUUCAUCAAAUGGCGUAUACAGUUAUAUUCCUUCUUUUGUAUGUGACCAGAGCAGAUCCAGACUUGAGGGAAGUAUUUACAAUUUCCAUCCUCACCCCACUGGUUGGGUCCCAUAUCCUUGGAAUCAGUAUUUCGGGUAUUCUCCCUGUAUGAACUAUUAUCUUCCCUAUCAAAACUUCUAUUAUGAUACCCCCUUUUUUCAUAAUACUGCUGUUCAGACCAAUUUAUAUGGGCGAAAUUUUCACAGACAGCUGGUAGACAAUAGACGAAGGAAUUACCAUCCCAGAGAGACCAAUGGUAAUGGAAUCAUGUCAUUGAGGUUCUGGGAGAAAAUCCGUGAAAAACCAAGCAGCAAGCCUGGCUUUAUUUUUACAUUAAUGUCUUACAACGUUCUCGCUCAAGAUUUACUGGAACAACAUCCUCAUUUAUACUUGAAUAAUAAUAGAGAAUUCCUAGGAUGGAAAACAAGGUGGAAUAAUUUAUUAAAAGAAAUAUCCAAUUUCUCCCCGGAUAUUUUAUGCCUUCAAGAAGUCCAAGAAUCCCAUAUUGAAGAAUACUUUUCUCUGUUGGAAACAUUAGGUUACAAAGGAAUAUACAAAAAACGAACGGGCAAUCAAAGUGAUGGAUGUGCCAUUUACUACAAAACAGAGAAUAUUACACUUAUUGAGAAUACAUUUGUGGAGUAUUUUCAGCCCUCUGUUACCCUUUUAAAUAGAGAUAACAUAGGAAUCUUAGCUAAAUUUGUUCCCAAAUUGCAUCCAACAAGAGAAUUUGUAGUUGCUACCACCCAUUUAUUAUACAAUCCUAAAAGAAAUGAUGUGAGGAUGGCUCAGAUGCAACUACUUUUAACUGAAAUCGAAAAAAUGAGUUAUCGUAUAGAAAAAGGAAAGUCUUUCUAUGUACCAGUAUUAGUUACAGGAGAUCUCAAUUCGUCUCCUGACUCCGAUCUUUACGAGUUCAUAACAAAAGGAGAACUGAAAUAUGAACAUUUAUCACCGAGAUUAUUAGAAGCAGAUUUAGGUAGUUCAUCUAGGAGGGUAUUGGUGACAUCUCGUUUAGGCAUAACAGAUACCUGUCAACGUUUAGAACAACUUGAGAUAAGGCAGAACAUCGAAUCAAAUGUGAACGAAGAAAAAUGUAGGAAUGAAUUGGAAAAUAUCAAAAUAAUUGGAGACAACAAGGUUAAACUUGCAAAAAAAUGUCAUUUGAACAGCAAAGGAAUUUUGUCACAUAACUUUUAUUUCAAAUCUGUUUACAAUCAUGGCGGAGCUUACAUGAAUGAAGGAACAACUCAUCAAGAUGAAUGGCUCACAGUGGAUUAUAUAUUCUAUAGCAUGAAAAAUGAAAAAAGUGAAGGGAAAUUACAGUUAAUAUCUCGGUAUAGGUUACCAACCAAAGAUGAACUGGAUGAAGUCAGAAUUCCCAACAAACAACUAGGCUCUGAUCAUCUAUCCCUUGUGGCAAAAUUCAAAUUGGAGUUCUAGAUUUAUUAUUGUAAUUAUCAUCUUUGAAUAUGCUCACUUCUGUUGGAUAUAUCAACUAUUUCUAAACCAUAAUCACUAGUGAAGUAUAAUUUUGUUGAAUGGUUGUAUAUUUAUUCUUUCGGAAAGGUAAACUUCCACUUAUCAUUAUUACGGUUCAACUGAAUGUUAAUAUUCAGUUUGAUACAAUAAAUGAUUUUUUAAAUUUAUUUUCUGAUUACCAAGUUUACUGUAUGUAAAGAAAUAAAUUUCAUUACACCUGACAAAUUUUCUAAGGAAAAUCACUACAAGGUAGUUUAGAUAAUUUUUUUUCAUUCGACAAUUCUACUCUUAAAAUUAUUUCCAAAUUUAGUUUAAUAGAAAUGGAUAUAUUUGAAAUUGUUAUUGAAAUAUUGAUAUGAAGUUUUUUGUAUAUAUGUAUUUUUAUAAUAAAGGGCAUA